GUGUAGCUGUUCAUACUGCGCAUGCGCACGGUUACCUUCGUAAGAUUACGAGGAAGAUUACUAGCUCUAUGGUAAAUGUACGGAGUAAGAUUACUAGUCUACAGUAAGAUUACAGAGUAAACACACGAAGAUUACAAACCUGACGUAACUCACCCACACGUGCGCAUGCGCAUGCAUAUUAGUGGCUCGGUUCAGAGGUCGUUUUGCGUUGUUUUUGCGGUGAAGUCGGCCGGCCCAGCCAGUAGCUAGCUGGUGACUGUGAUACGAUGGGGAAGCGACAGCAUCAGAAAGAUAAGAUGUAUCUGACAUGCUCAGAGUGGACUCAGUUUUAUGGAGGGAAGAAAGUUGAGCAUGGAAGCAAACGAGGUUUCAGACGACUUCCCUUCCACUGCUGUGCCCUGUCCCUGCAGCCUUUUGAGGUUCCUCUCUGUACUGAUGAUGGGCACGUCUUUGACCUCAUGAACAUAGUCCCAUAUCUCAAGAAGUAUGCCCAUCAUCCCCUGACUGGAGAGCCUCUACAAGCCAAGUCUCUGUUCAAGCUCACCUUCCACAAGAAUGCAGAUGGGAAGUUCCACUGCCCUGUCACCUACAAGGUGUUCAACGAGAACACACAUAUUGUGGCUGUUAAGACCACUGGUAAUGUGUUCUGCAUGGAGGCAGUCGAGAGACUGAACCUAAAACCUCGCAACAUGCGAGACCUCUUAACAGACCAACCAUUCACAAAGGCAGAUCUGGUGACCCUGCAAGACCCCACAGACCUCAGCAAGUUCAACAUGUCAUCUUUCCACCACCUCAAGAACAGUCUCUCAGUGGGGGAAGAAGAGGAGGAGAGAGCUCGAAAAAAACCAACCUACUACCUCAAGAUGCUAAAUCCUGAGACAAGAGCAACUCUGGAACAGCUCUACCAGCAAGACGAGUUCAAGGAGAAGAAGGUAAAGGUGAGCAAAGGAAAGCAGAAAGCCACAGCCAGAACAGCGGCUCACUACUCUACUGGAGCUGUGGCUCAUAGCUUCACGUCCACAGCCACUGCUCCAGUCACAGAAAAUGAGGCAGCCAUAAUUGACAGGGACUCCCUCCGUUAUGCCAAGGUCAAGAAGAAAGGGUACGCGAGGCUCCACACAUCAAUGGGAGACCUUAACCUGGAGCUGCACUGUGGAAUGGUACCUCUGGCCUGUGAGAACUUCCUUAGACACUGUGGAGAUGGCUACUAUGACAACUGCAUCUUCCACCGCUCCAUUCGCAACUUUAUGAUCCAGGGAGGUGAUCCAACUGGGACUGGUACAGGUGGUAGGUCCAUUUGGGGAAAGCCAUUCAAGGAUGAGUUUCGACCUAAUCUUUCUCAUUCUGGUCGGGGAGUGGUGAGCAUGGCUAACAGCGGCAAGAACACCAACAGCUCUCAGUUCUUCAUCACCUAUCGAUCCUGCAAACAUCUGGACAACAAACACACAGUGUUUGGGAGGGUAGUAGGAGGUAUGGAGGUGUUGGGUGGGAUGGAGGCUGUGGAGACUGACGAAGAGGAUCGUCCUCGUGAGGAGAUCAAGAUUCUCAGAACAUCAGUCUUCAUGGACCCGUUCGAAGAGGCAGAGGAGGAGCUUGUUGCAGAGGAAGAGAAGGAGAAGGCCGCAGUUGGGGAAGAGCAGCCCAGUACCAGUGGUCUGAAGAGAGAGGGUGCCAAGCCCAAAGCCUACCAUGCUGGAGUGGGUCGCUACAUCCCCAAGACCUCUGUUGUGGGAAGCAAGAGAAAACAGCAGUCCACAGACCCUCCUCCCCAGCUCAGCAAAAAGACAAAGAUCAGAUCAACUCUUGGGGACUUUAGUGGCUGUUCUGCACUGGACAGCAAAACUAAGAAGAAAGUGGCAAUCAAAAAGAUACGCCCUUUUGAACACCAAACUUACUGCCAGCGUACUCUGAGGGAAAUCAAGAUCCUCAACCGUUUCAAACAUGAAAAUAUCAUUGACAUCAUCGACCUCCUGCCACCCUCGUCUUUUGAGGAAUUCAAGGAUGUGUACAUGGUACAGACUCUCAUGGAAACUGAUCUGCACAAACUACUCAAGACCCAGAGGCUAAGUGCAGACCACAUCCGCUACUUUGUCUACCAGAUCCUGCGAGGGCUCAAGUACAUUCACUCAGCAAAUGUUCUCCACCGUGACCUAAAGCCAAGCAACAUCCUCCUGAAUACAUCGUGCGACUUGAAGAUAUGUGACUUUGGGUUGGCACGAGUGGCAGACCCGACGCACGACCACAAGGGAAUGCUGACUGAGUACGUAGCCACUCGGUGGUACAGGGCUCCCGAGAUCAUGCUCAACCCAAAGGCAUACUUCAAAGCCAUUGACGUGUGGUCUGUGGGCUGUAUAUUUGCCGAGUUAUUCUCCAAUAAACCACUCUUCCCUGGAAAACAUUACCUUGACCAGGUCCACAUCAUUCUGAAUGUCAUUGGCUCUCCUUCUGACGACGACCUCAAAUCCGUCACCAGUGAUCAGGCGCGGCGCUAUCUACAGAGUCUUCCCCCACGACCAGCUAUGCCAUGGGCCAAGCUAUACUCAACGGCGGACCCCAUGGCUCUUGACCUGCUUGACAAGAUGCUAACGUUCAACCCUCACCAGAGGAUCACGGUGGAGAAAGCUCUGGCUCAUCCUUAUUUGGAGCAGUACUAUGACCCUGAUGAUGAGCCAAUAGCCGAUGAGCCCUUCACAUUUGAGACGGAGUUAGAUGACCUUCCUAAAGAAAAGCUCAAGAGGAAGCCACCGCCGGAGUUCGUUCGCGGCCAGACGUUCGCAGUCGGUCCUCGCUACUCCGACUUGUGUUACAUUGGGGAGGGUGCCUACGGUAUGGUAUGCUCUGCUCGUGAUAACCUGACUGCCACCAAAGUGGCCAUCAAGAAGAUCAGUCCCUUUGAGCACCAGACCUACUGCCAGCGGACCCUGAGAGAGAUCAAGAUUCUGACCGGCUUCAGACACGAGAAUAUCAUUGACAUCCUGGACAUCCUCCGACCUCCCAGCCUCGCGGACAUGAAGGAUGUCUACAUCAUACAGACGUUGAUGGAGACAGAUUUGUACAAACUUCUCAAGACACAGCACCUGAGCAACGACCAUGUGUGCUACUUUCUCUACCAAGUCUUGCGUGGUCUCAAGUAUAUCCAUUCAGCCAACGUCCUCCACAGAGAUCUGAAGCCAAGCAACCUACUGCUCAACACUACUUGUGACCUGAAGAUUUGUGACUUUGGCUUGGCUCGCAUUGCUGAUCCUCAGCACGACCACACAGGAUUUCUGACAGAGUACGUGGCCACUCGGUGGUACCGGGCUCCUGAGAUCAUGCUUAACUCCAAGGGCUAUACCAAGUCAAUUGACAUCUGGUCUGUAGGCUGCAUCCUGGCGGAGAUGCUCUCCAACAGACCCAUCUUCCCAGGGAAACACUAUCUUGACCAGCUAAAUCACAUCCUUAAUGUGGUGGGCUCUCCCUCACAGGAAGACUUGGACUGCAUUGCUAAUGAGAAGGCAAAGUGCUACCUCCAGGCUCUACCUUACAAGCCAACACAGCCAUGGAGCAGACUGUUCCCCAAAGCAGACCAUAAAGCACUGGACCUGCUGGACAAGAUGCUCACCUUCAACCCAAACAGGAGAAUCACAGUGGAGCAAGCCCUGGCCCACCCUUACCUCGAGCAGUACUACGACCCCGAGGAUGAGCCAGUGGCAGAUAAACCCUUUACCUUUGAAACCGAGUUGGAUGACCUUCCAAAGGAGAAACUAAAGGAGCUGAUCUACAAGGAGAUGAUCCAGUUUGUGCCUCCGUCCAGUAGCACAGUGUAACUCCCCCAACACACCCACAUACCCACACCAGCACUUUCAUCAGUUGCAGCAGCAAUGCCACAUUGCUAAAAUCAAGAAUCAUGUUUUGGUCAUCUCACGACCGCAUCAUCACCCAGUUUGCAUUUUAAUAUCUUCUUGUGUCAAAGAUCAAAAUGAGGUUGAUGCCAUACAGUUACUUGUGUAGAAAGUUGCCAUCAAGUUUGGUACGAGUUCGUUGGACUGACCCAAUGUUUCUGUGGAUUCUUUCCUCCACGGAGCUAGCUGCUGCCAUCGACUGGACCCUCAGUGGCUGUAGGAAGUCCUUGGAGUGAGAGGACACACUUUCUUUCUCCUCUCUCUGGUGGUCUCUCUCCAGUCUCCGCAGCCUCUGCUCCCUCUUGCGACCGUGUGAUUCUGCAUCUUCCAUCAUCUCCUUCCUCCUCCUCUCCAACUCCUCUUUACUCAGUCCACUGUUGCGAGGUCUGUGAGAUGGUCUGAAGGAAGAGGAAGAGGAGGUUGGAUAUCUCAGUGAUGUGGGGGGUGAGGAGGGACUGGGGCCACGUGGAGACGGCUCUCUACAGUUUAUGAGAUUUCUUGGACUU